UCCCUUCAUCUUCCUAACUUCAUAACAACCUUCUGUUUUCUUCAACCGUUCUCAUUUCUCUUAAAAAAAAUAGCAAACUCUCCCAAUAAUUUUUUUUGAUGACACACUAAAUCAAUAACAUUUUUGUUUAGGGAGAAAAAGAGUUAAACAUACUCAUACAUACCUUAAGAAACAAAAACAACAAAAAGAAUUGAGUAUGUAUAAUUCCGGGAGCAUAGAAAGAUCUCAAUAUGCAACCAUGUAUUCUAAUCCCAAUCUUCCGAGAACGGGCGACGAAAGCAUCGAUUAUUCGGCUCGAGAGAGUAGUUUUUCGGCGUUCGGAGGUAACUCUUUUAUCGAUGAUAAUCCAAGGAUGAGUGCUGAGAUGUCUCCGAUGAUGAUGUCUCCUUGGAAUCAGGUAUCUCCAUUUACUAAAUCUAAUUGGUCUCAACAAUCUGAUAAUAAUCCGUCGUUCGAUUCGGGUCAACAAAGUGCACUAGUGGGUUCUCUUGUACGAGAAGAAGGCCACAUUUAUUCUUUAGCUACUAAGGGUGACUUAUUGUAUACUGGGUCCGAUAGUAAAAAUAUUCGAGUUUGGAAGAAUCUUAAGGAAUUUUCCGGGUUUAAAUCCGCUUCUGGAUUGGUUAAAGAUAUUGUUAUAGCGGGUGGAAAGAUAUUCACGGGUCAUCAAGACGGUAAGAUCCGAGUCUGGAAAGUCUCACCUAAGAACCCUAGUAUACAUAAACGAUCAGGGUCGUUACCAACGUUGAAGGACUUAUUUAAAGCAUCAAUAAAACCAAGCAAUUACGUCGAGGUGAAACGACACCGUAGCUCAUUAUGGAUUAAGCAUUCAGACGCAAUUUCAUGCCUUAGCAUGAGCGCGGAACAAGGGAUAUUAUACUCAUCAUCAUGGGAUCGGACUUUUAAGGUAUGGCGAAUAUCCGAUUCGAAAUGUCUCGAAUCAGUGGCAGCUCAUGAGGAUGCUGUGAACUCGGUUGUAGCGAGUUCGGAAGGAAUGGUUUUCACGGGAUCCGCUGAAGGGACAGUAAAAGUAUGGAGAAGAGAAAUGCAAGGUAAGGUAACAAAACAUUUCUUUGUUCAGACACUACUUAAGCAGGAAUGUGCUGUUACUGCGCUAGCUGUGGAUCCUACAGGGUCCAUAGUGUACUGUGGUUCAAGCGAUGGAAUGGUGAAUUUCUGGGAACGAGAGAAAAAUCUAGCCCACGGUGGUGUUCUAAGGGGUCAUAAGCUAGCAGUCUUAUGUCUCUCGGCUCGAGCUCGACUCGUGUUCAGUGGCUCCGCUGAUAAGACCAUCUGUGUGUGGCGUAGGGAAGGCACGGUGCAUACGUGCCUGUCCGUCUUAACCGGCCACAACGGGCCGGUUAAGUGCUUAGCUGUGGAGGAUGACAAGGAUGCCAAGGGCCACCGGUAUAUAAUAUACAGUGGAAGCCUUGAUAAGUCUGUUAAGGUAUGGAACAUUGCAGAUCAAGAGGGAGUUUAUCCUAUGGGUAUGGGAAUGGGAAUGGGAAUGGGAAUGGGAAUGAUGCAGCAGCAGCAAGUAAUGGAUGAUUCUACAUCGGAAUCAUUGAGGUCCGAUCGUAGCUCACAAGUUUGAUUAACACAACAUUUGAUAUUGAUAUGAUUUGAUCACCUCGGUAUGAAAUGAAAUGUGUAUGAAUGAGGGUAAAUGGAAAGGGAAAUCUGAUUAUGGAGAUAAUUGUUAUUUUGAUUAAUUAUAUUUGAUCUAAAUGCUUGUUUGACAUUUUAAGACAUGGUAAGUAAAUGUCUUGUUAACCAUGUAAUUGUAGUUUUUUAUUUCUUCACAUUGGAUUCGGCCGGAGAAACAAAUAUUUGAUUUUACUUCUUGUAAUCUUCCUACGUACCUCAAA